AUGACGGCGGAUUUUAUUACUAAAAGACCUCAUAAGAAAUCUAGAGGAGGGUGCCAAACUUGUAAGACGAAAAGAGUCAAAUGCGAUGAGGGACAGCCUCAAUGCGGGUUCUGUGAGAAGAGGAAAUUCACAUGUCUGUAUAUCAAGAAGGUUAUCAAGCAGUCGUCGGACGCUGCAGGGAGCCCAUCCUCUGAUACGGUGUAUGCACCCUCAUCGCCCAGCAACAGUGAUGAGUGGAACGAUACAGCAGACCUCUGGGAUAUGGUUGCUGCACCCACGCCGGCGAUCACCACAUCUAGUGGUAUGCUCUCUCCAGCGGAUUUACGUAUGAUGCAUCACUGGUCUACAUCUACAUGGAGCUCCAUUGCAAUCGGACCCGAGUCCUCCAGCGUCUUGCUUCUGAGAGUACCACAGUUGGCAUUCGAAAAUGACUAUCUCUUGAAUUGUAUCCUAGGAAUUUCCUCGCUUCAUAUCGAACAUUUGAAUCCACAGAAAAUAUAUAACCAGAAACAGACAUCCAAAUAUCGUAGCAAAGCUUUGCUCGGAUUUCGGCAAGCGAUAGCAAGUGCUGAGAAACAGCCAAUCAAUUGGGAAGCCGGGUUGAUAAUGUCAAUACUCUUGCUCGCUCUUUGCUCUAAGGAUAAUAUUGAUGGAACAAAUGGUUUUACAAUCGUCAACUGGGUUGUCCUCUACCGAGGCCUUGCUGCGAUUAUUAUGAUGAAAUCUUACGAUGCCAUCCAGACCACCGGUGUCAAACCAAUCUUUCGUCGAGAACUGAGGGAGUUGCGGUUCGCUCCAGUUGUACCACGCAAUCUUGUCAAGCUGCUAGAGGGAAUUUCACCCUCUGAUUCCGACUUUGAGUACCUCGAACCGUAUUGUAAUGUGUUGGAUGCUUUGGGAAUACUUUACGGAAGUUUAUCCCAGGAUGGUGUAGCCCCCGAACUUUGGGUUAGGGUCAUAUCGUGGCCAAGUUACACCAGCCAGGAAUUUACGAAUUGUGCAGUCGAGCAGCGGCCGAGAGCUUUGAUCAUCCUAGCCCACUAUUUGUGCUUUAUCAAGCUGAUUCAAGGUUUGUGGUGGGUGGAUGAUAUGCCUGAUGCAGAGAUCAGAGCUAUCAUGAAACUGAUCGGAGAUCAAUGGCUGCCAUUUAUGGCGAUUCCGUUAGCCGUUGUGGAAGAGACUAACAAAGAAAAAAUUGGGCGAAUGUUGCUCUUGGGCGAGAUUCCAUUGGCAAUGAAUAUCCUAGAGCUCCAAGAUACAGAUGGGGCAGCCAUGUUUUCUACAGAUAUCAGUGUACUUGAUGAAGCCAAUUGCUCGUCCGAAGUGUUGUAUCCUAUCCUAGAUUAG